UGUAUUUAUUUGAAUGGAGCAGGCUUCGCCCAUUCGGCCAGUGUGUUUUGAGAGUUUUGUAUUUAACGCUACUUUCCUGCUUCUGGCUGAUUUUGACUUUGCUACUACAACGUGGAACACUCGUUGCACGGAACAAUGUUGCUUUUGGAAACGGCAGAAACUUGCCAAAUGUGACGUGUUGAGUUAUUAUGGCCGCUGGACAUCAUGAUGGCAAUCAGACAGAAUUCCACAGGCUCAAGCAGGCCGCUCCUCACGACCUUCUCGUGCACCAGGUUCACUCUGGAGCCAAGAAGAACAUGAGGGAGGUGGAUUAUUUAAAUAAGGAAGAAAUAGAUAAAGACAGGCUUCCAGUUGGCCGCGGCGUGCACAACUCAAACAAAGCGAAGCGAGUGGUGGGGUUGAAGCGGCGGUCGCGGCACUCAGCGGCGCCGAGCUCCGGGCUGCUGCGCCGGAGGGUGCCAAGCGCAGGCCGGCCCUGUGACAUGGCCAACAAGGAGAACGAGCUGACCUGUGCCGGCGAUGUGCAGGGCAUCACCUACAACGACAACUGCAGGUUCCCCGUCAACUCUGCAGAGGCCUCCAAGAUGGCAACGGCCGGCUCCAUGUACAGUGAUUUCUUCACUGAGAUUUCCAAGGACCAUGAUGCGAUGACGCAUGCUCUCUUUGGACGCAAUCUUAAACUGAAUGUCGCUUUAACUCUAUGGCGGAAAAGUGCAAGUGAAUUAGUGGCUUACUUAAUGAGAAUACAAGACCAGGGUGUGCUGGUGGAUUGCCUUCCCGUUCUUGCAAAAAGCCUUGAAGAGGAGCAAUCCUGCAUAUCAAUUGGCUGUUGUGUUGACCUUUUACCGCAAGUGAAGACAGUUCUUUCCAGUAAAUACGAGGAACAUUUGAUUGUGGCUUUACACUGGAUCCAUUCACUCAUUAAGAGAUGGUGGCCAGAACUCUCUGCUAAUGGCAAAAGCUUACAACAAAGCUGUCCAUGUGACGGCAACAUUCAGGUCAUGAAACAGCAGCUUCAGGAGUUAUGGGUGGAAGGAAGUCGGUUAAUUUUAGUUCCAGGAACUACGGGUGAAAUAGCAAAGGUCAUUGAGACUUAUCUUUCACAGCUGCGCUGAGGAACCCAUGUAGCACACUAAGGGCGCGACCACUACAAACACUUGCUGCAGUUUUCCGCUGCUUUUUUGGCAAAUCAGAAAGGGGAUUUGGAUGAACUGUUGCACCAAGUUCCCAGAGCACUAGCCUAUGAGAUCAGGGGAUUGAUGAACUGUCAAAUUCAGACACUCCCUGACAGUAGAGAAACUGGAGACAUUUGAUGAAGGCAAGAAGGCCUUCUUGUGAGCCUGGAAUGGUUGCUUCACAUUGAAGUGGAUCGUCGUGGUAAGGGAGAGGGGAGAGGGGGGUCCCGUUCAACUCCGUGAGACUGUCUGAAAGCAGGUGACUUAAGUGCUAACCUCUCUCUCACCACUGCAGUCAGUGCUAUGGUGGUGAUCAUCUGCAUCGUUGGAUGAUAUAUUUAAUGCAUCCCUACCCUCUGUUUAUCUCUGAUGUCUUCAAUCAAGAACUUGAACUGCAGCAGUCUUAAGUUAUUAUAGGUCUCGUUGUUUGCCUGUUCAUGAAUGAAUUGUAUGUGUAAAAUGCACAUAAUGAUUUUGUUUUUCUUUUAAUCAAACUUUUAAAUAAAUCUUCAACAUCUGG